ACGGGAUUGCUUAAAGCGUUUGCACUACAAUUCGUUUAUUGGCGGCAAAAUCCGACGGUGAAGAGCAAAAAUAUAUAUCGGCCACUUUAGAACUAAAGAAAUGGUGUAGGUUAGGCCAAUAUUUUCCUUUUAAGUUUAUAACCUUUCGUAUCAGUUCGGUAAUGAUAAAUUUCCAUGCAUAUCAGCAAAUAGACUGCGAUCGAGUACAAUAAAAAGCGUGCUGCCAAAAAUAAAGAUCAUAUCAGAAAAUUUUCGUUUAAAUACCACGAUUAUCAAGAAGUUGUCCACAGUUGCGGCAACGAAAGAGCCCAAAAAUAUACUCGUCAAAUAAUUGAAAUAUUAAGAAAAAAUAACUAAAAAAUUGAUAUUGGAGAACAUAAAUCAAAUUAAGAGUUGGAUGAACGGGCGGAUAGACAUCCAAGCUUGAAAAGGAUAAAGUCCUUUAGUGAACAAAAAACAAAAACACAACUCGAAUAAGUUCGAAAUUAAACAACAGUGUACAAAAAAUACCACAGCACAACUAAGAAAUGAAUUCCCUCAAAAAACUUUUAGUUCUGUGUGUAUUAAUUACCCAAUUGUUAGACUUAUCCCAUACACAAAGUAUUAUAAAUGGAACCUCCCCCCUCGAGGAUGAAGUUCUGUUUACACUGGAUGACUUUGUCAGUGGCCCAGCAUGGUCGGUUAGUUUCUCAGAAAAGAAAUUAAACAUGUCCAUGACCGAUAUUAGCAUUAUUCAGCUAACAAUCACGGAUAUAGACCCAGCCUGGGGAUCUGACUAUGAAUUUCACAUUCUAGCCGAGGAUAAUGAAGUAGUGUUGCUAACACAAAAUGUUAUAAAAUCCAAAGAUAUUAAGCCUGGAGACACCACAUGGCAUGGAAAUUUCACCGCCGAGGGUUUAUUUAUUGGCCACAGUCCCAUAUAUGUGGAACUGCGCAGACCUCAACAGCAGCCAGAAGUGGCCUUGGAAAAGCUGCAACUCAUUGUUUUACGUAAAAUUGGCACCAUGGAUUAUGUAUUUCAAAUUCUAGUGGGAAUUUUCGUCAUGGCCUUGUAUACAAACUUUGGAGCUGUGCUAGAGUUGGAUGCCCUCAAGCAGAUACUUAUUCGACCAAUUGGACCUCUUAUUGGAUUUUUGGGCCAGUUUGUGGUUAUGCCUGUAUUGAGUUUUUUCAUAGGCUAUUUGCUGUUUCGCGAUAUGAUUGAAUUGCGUCUGGGUCUAUUCUUUACCGGCUCUACACCAGGUGGUGGUGCUUCAAAUAUAUUCACUGUGGUUCUUAAUGGAAAUUUGAAUUUGUCCAUAACCAUGACGGCCAUAAGUAAUUUGGCUGCCUUUGGCAUGAUGCCCUUGUGGAUAUUCACCUUGGGAGCCUUAAUCUUCAAGGAUGGUAAUUUGGUGGUGCCUUAUAAGACCAUUGCCACCAUGUCCUUCUCAUUGGUCAUCCCGCUGAGUAUUGGCAUUGCUAUGCAGAAAUAUUAUCCCAAUAUGGCCAAGAAAAUGUCUAAGCUGUUAAAACCCUUCGCCUUUGGAUUUAUUCUGAUAAUUAUGGUGUUUGCAUUUACUGUUAAUUCCUACAUGUUCAAAUUGUUCUCAUGGAAGAUUUUAAUUGCCAGCAGUGCAUUGCCAUGGAUAGGCUAUGUAAUCGGUUGGUUGAUGGCCAUCAUUUGUCGACAAUCGCCACGUGACGCCUUAACCAUUGCCAUUGAGACGGGCAUACAAAAUACCGGUAUUGCAAUUUUCAUGUUAAACUUUGCCUUGCCACAACCCCAGGCUGAUAUGACCAGUGCUGUACCGGUGGCAAGUUCAAUGGUCACGCCAUUGCCAUUGCUGGUGAUCUAUGUGAUAAGGAAAAUCUUUUGUCGCUCCAGCAUGGAACGAGUGGAGAAAUCAUCUAGCGCCAUUACCAAAGAUACCAAACUCGCAGAAAUUGAAGCCAUGAUGGAGAAAAGUGAAAAAUCCGAUUGGCAUAAAUGAAAACAACGAAAUUGCCUACAUUUAUACAAUUAUGUGAUAAAAUUGUGAUGUUAUUAUUUCCAAGAAAUAAAUUUU